AUGGAAGCAACUAGCUAUAGAACCAUCACUUCUUCCAUGAUCAAAAUCAUGAUGGUGAUUAUGAUGAUCAUUUUGGUUAAUGUUCAAGCCGAUGAUCAUCAAGAUUAUCUAAUCAACAUCCCUUCCAACACAGUCACUCCAGAUGACAAUGCUCACGUUGAAGAUCAAACAGCAGCAAGUCCACCGCCACCAAACUCAUUCAUUGGUGAUGUAGGUCGUUGUGCUUCUGAGUGUGCAGCUAUGUGCGGCCGCCGCCACGGCAUCACCACGGGUUCAGCUUCAACCGACCGGUUCUUCUUUCCUCGCAUUCCGGGUUUUAUCAAACCCCCCCGCAUUCGCAGACCUGGCCGUGUUCGCAAACCCCGAAGACCCGGUGGCAGAGGCAGAGCACACAUCGGGGAUUGUUACAAGGACUGUUUGCUAGACUGCGGCCUACAAGCCCCGAGCAGCCUAUCUCAAUGCACUGCUGGAUGUGCUUAUAAUUCUGUUGCUGCUACUGCAUCAACCCUAUUAACUGAGGAUAAAGUGCAGAACUAUGUUGAUUCCUGCUACAAAGAGUGCCAGAAGAAUAAUUAG